UCACUCGACCAUCAAAACGGUGAUCAUGACAUCGACGGUGAUGAUCAGUUCAGGUACCUGAUCGUUCAGCCGGAGAAGGGAGGCCUCCUGGACCUGGCCAAGUACACAGUGGUGGGAGACAUAGGGAGUGGGGUUCGGUUUCUGGAGGGCUCCGACGAGCAAGCUUUGGGCGGCGUUGCGGUGGCGCAGAGAUGGGUGAUAGUGGUUUCCAUCAUUGUUCGGAAGAUCAUAGCUCUUUUUGGGAAGCCUAUGGAGUUGACUGGCUACGUUGUCGACUUCAUCCUCAACCUCCUCUCUCUCAAUGGAAACCUUUUUGGCUUACUCUCCAAUGUUAUUCAUGGGACGGUGAUGGUGCCGCAGAGGGGGACCGAGACUUUCAUAAGUACAAUUGGUCAUUUAGAUGGGAGGAUAAAUCUGUACAAGAAGGGUGAAAGAUUAGCAGAAGACAUUGUUGCUUCUGUGAAUUCUGAAGAAACAAGUAUAACGGCAGAACUAGGGAACAGGGCUCUUAUGGACCUCUGCAUCAUGGCUUCCAAGUUAGCAUAUGAGAAUGCCAAGGUCAUUAGAGGGAUCGUCACUGACCAUUGGAAGAUGCAUUUUGUGGACUUUUAUGACUGCUGGAAUGAUUUCCAAAAGCAGAUGUCCACUCAAGUGUUCAUACUUUGUGACAAGCCUAAAGAUGCAAAUUUUAUAAUGGUAAGUUUCCGGGGGACAGAACCUUUUGAUGCCGAUGAUUGGAGUACUGAUUUUGACUACUCUUGGUAUGAAAUUCCACAAUUGGGUAAAGUACACAUGGGAUUCUUGGAAGCCAUAGGCUUGGGCAAUAGAACUGAUGUUGCAACCUUCUACAAUCAAAUUCUUGUAUACAAUCAACUUCAAGAGAAACACAAGUUCACCCCUCAACAAGGUGUUGAGGGUAGCGAAAGGCCUUCAGAUGGUAUAACAGCACUAUCCUCCAAUGGCUUCAAGAUCGUUCCACCAGAUAUGGUAAAGAAGAGUGCAUACUAUGUUGUAAGAGAAAAGCUCAAGAGCUUACUAGAGGAGCACAAAAAUGCCAAAUUCAUUGUUACAGGACAUAGUCUAGGUGGGGCGCUCGCGAUCUUGUUCCCUUGUGUGCUGGUGUUGCAUGAGGAGAUGGAGUUGAUGGAUAGGUUGUUAGGUGUAAACACAUUUGGACAGCCAAGGAUAGGGAAUAGGCAGCUUGGGAGGUACAUGGAAUCUUAUCUGAAUAAUCCGGUCCGAAAGUACUUCAGGGUUGUCUACUCCAAUGAUCUUGUCCCCAGGUUGCCUUACGAUAGCAGAACCUUCUUGUUUAAACAUUUCGGGGUCUGCCUUUACUACGACAGCCUAUACAAAGAACAUGUAACUAAGGAGGAGCCAAAUAAAAAUUUCCUUGGCCUGGGAUAUCUGAUGCCAUCGUAUCUGACUGCUGCUUGGGAGCUACUAAGAAGUUUUAUAAUGGGGUACACAUAUGGACCAGAGUACAAAGAAGGGUGGUUUUCCGUUCUUCUAAGGAUCGUAGGACUUGUUCUUCCUGGAUUCUCUGCUCAUUCCCCUACAAAUUAUGUGAACUCGGUGAGGCUUGGAAAGGAACGAAUUGUCCAAAGUUAUUAGUAGAUUAAAUGUAUGAACUAUCGAGGCAGCAGAGCAUGCAUAUACACUCUGCCUGACCUUUGUGAUGUAUGUGUCUAGUGUGAUCAGAACGUAGUGAUGGUAGUAUACUUGGUCAUAUUAUUUUAGAUGAAGAUGAUACAGAAGUACGGUGUGUAAAUAAAACGGAAAUAUACCGUAAGUUAGAAGGGAAAAAGAGAGAGAGAGCUUGUCCGAUGGAAUGAAUCAAGGAUUUGUUUGAAAAGUGAAAGGUGAAAU